AUGUCCCGGAGAUUAGCUAAUUUCAAACUUCCUAACAUAGUGACCCCUAAACAGAGAACAGGUGCCAGGAGAACAACAAGAGAAAAAAGGGAAGAUGAAUCGCAGGACAAGUACACAUCAGCCUAUUCUUUACUUCAAACCUCCUACAAGAUUUCUGAGGAGGAUUACAGAAAAUACGGAGUUGAACAGGGCCUUCUGCCGCCUUAUUUGUCAAAUCCCGACUCAUUUAAAGUAGAUUCUAGAAAUCUUUACACAACUUUCGAUAACUGCAACAUAUAUAAUGUCGGAUCAGUCGUAAAAAUUGACACAAAUGAUCUGUUUAGUGAGCUUCCGGAAGGACUUUGCGGUGAUAUGGUUAAGGAUAUAUCCCUCUUACCUGAGUCAGAACCACUGGGAAUAGUCAACCGUAAGCCUGCAAUCGAGAUAAUAUCGCAGUUAAAACAGUACUCUCAGGAUAAGGUCGGGUCAUUGAAGUCAAGAGGCAUUUUGUUGGAUGGAAAAAGAGGAUCAGGAAAGAGUUUUAUACUGAAUCACGUGUCAUUGUGGGCACGGAGAAACGGCUGGAUGGUAAUUCACGAGCCAAACGCAUCCAAAUACUCCACAGAAGUCGGUAGCAUCAAGAGAUCAAACGCCGGUGUUUAUAUACAGUUGGAAUUUGCCAGAACUUUUUUGGAGAGGCUUCUGAUGAAGAAUGAACAACACUUGUCGGAGAUCCCAGUAGUAAAGUCGUUGUAUGGAAAUAUUUCGCUGGAUGGAAACUACUUGAAGUACAGUAAAAGGAUGUUUGAUCCAGUCAUUGAGAAGAUAAUCCAGGAAGAAUUGGAAAUUUUGAAAGAAGACUCGGAUCCCGACGAACUAGAAUGCACCAGAGAGAAGCUGAAGUUGUGGCACAGUUAUAGAAAACAGUUCAGAAUACCUAUUUUAUCAGAUCGCCUUCAAAACCCGUUAAAUCUAGUCGAUAUCGCAAAUUUUGGCGUUAACAACGAAACCUUCGCAAAUCAGGCCGUUUAUGAGAUUUUUAACCAGCUAAAGCACCAGACAAAGUUCCCAUUACUAUUCAUCAUAGAUGAGUACAACGAGUGUUUUACUGCAUCGGAAUAUCUGUCAAUUAAGUAUGAGAACACUAAGUUUAAUGGAUGGAUUCCAAGCUAUCAUCUAACCAUGCCGAGACUGUUUCAUAAAUUUGAUGGAGAUCACUAUAGAAAUGGAUUUAAAAUACUAGCAACAAGUUGGUCAAGGCGAAAGCGCAAGAAAUUCAGGCCUGAGUACCUUGGAAUUCUCCCAAACGAGGUUAGGACUGUCCGCAACUUUAGCUCUAAGGAGUUUGCGAACUACGUCUUAAACUUGAAGAAUACCCGAGUGAUUUAUAACUUUCCAAAUGACAAAAUCAACUACUUUUACAUGCUAACAGGUAUUUUUGUACAGAUUAAGUUUUUUCAAGGCGGAAACGGAUUCGAAUCCAGAAGGCUGCUUUCCAAACUUUACUAA